CAAAAAAAUUCACCCCUUUCUCCAAAAGACACAAAAUAAAUCAACAAAUCAAAUUCACGAAACAUAAGUAUAAUCAAUGGCAUUCUCUUUCAACACACCACAACAGCAGCAGCCAUCAAUUUUCCAACAAACUCAAAAUUCACCAUUUCAACCAAGCGCCGGCAGCCCUUUUUUCCCCCAACAACAACAGCAGCAACAACAGCAGCAACAACAACAACAACAACAACAACAACAACAAAGCCAAUUGUUUUUAUUCACUAAUGAUAAAACACCAGCAAGUUAUGGUACUAAAUGGGCUGACCUUCAUCCUGAUUCUCAAAAGUUCCUUCUUCAAAUUGAGGAGAGAAUAUUGGAGUAUAGAGACGAAAGUCAAAGAUUGGAUCAAUGUGGGAGACUUUACGAUUCUUCUUCGGUUUCUAAUGAUGGAUUUGAGCUUGAUGCUACUCAUAUUCUUCAGGAACUUGGUGGAAUCAGUACUGCGAUGGAUAGACAGAAGGCUCUGCUUCAUGACCUUACUGCUAAUGUUAAGGAUAUGCUACGGAACACAGAAAUUGCAGUUCGCUCUUUCAUGAUGCUUCGGUCCAAGUUUUCUCACCCAAAUAAAACCUCUGCUGUAACAACAUCACAGCCUCCUGGAGCGAUAACAACUACAACUACUCAACCUACAACAUCCGCCAUGGUGCCAGUUUAUGAUUUCUACAGUGGCAUGCCACGAAAGCCUUCUCCAUUUUUGCAACAAACUGUUGCCAGAUUUGAGAAGUAUCUAGCUGAGUGUCGCCAAUGGGUUGAGGAGCUGGAGCAGUUACUUCUAGAAUCUAAUAGGAAUGCAAUGAAUCCCACCUCUUCAUUGUACCAGUCUCUACCCAAAGUUAUGUCAAAUGUUCAUGACUUCUUUGUUUACGUGGCUGCAAAGGUGGAGAGCAUUCAUCAGUAUAUGGAGUCCAUGAAAACAGCAUACCUUGCUGACCAGCGCGGUCGGGGAGAUGGGAAUGAUCCAUUUCUUGAGGCUGAUCGACGAGAAACCGCUAAAAGAGCUGCUGCAGCCCGGAGGAUACAUCCAACUCUGCACUUACCUUCUAAUCCACAACCAUCAACUCAACUUGCUGGGUUGCCAGCGAGCUCGGGAACAACUGCGACAUCGGUUGCUCCGCCCACAUCUGCCUCAGCGGCAACAGGUGGAUCUGGACUUUUCAGUACGCCAUUCUCUGCCACGUCAUCAUCUUCGUCGUUUUCAACUCUUGCCCCAUCUGCUCCAUCAUUUAAUAAUGCAUUUGCAUCCACGGCUUCUCCUCAGACAUCCAUUUUUGGGCCAUCCUCUAGUUCAACACCCUCCUUUUUUAGUACACCUGCUGCAGGAACCUCAACGCCAUUUGCCAUAAACCCUUCUACAGGAGCAUCAGCAUUUUCUUCACAAUUUGCUACAAACCCUUCAGCAGGACCGUCGCCAUUUGGAAGUUCAUUUACAGGAGCAACAUCAGGAUCGGGGGCAAGCUUUAACACUCAAUCUAAAGCAAGAGGUGCUAAAGGUCGCGCAGGGCGGAGAUAGAAAUUCAGUGAGCAUCAGUAUUAACUUCUAAUGAUGGAGGUGACUUGUCUGUAUAAUUUUCAUUGGCUUCCCACCAUGUUUAUUAGCUCCGAGCUUCAAUUUUAGCCUAGAAGGACAACAGUAUUUGGUUAGACCUUCAUUGUUUCUUCUACCCCUUCAAGGUGAAGUUCUUAUCUUUGUUACUAUUUCUUACUUUUUAGAGUGAUUUCAUUGAAACUGGAAAAAAUCAAACUAUGAGAUAAUACAUUGUAUUAUUGUAACAUUGUAGUCACCGGAUGCAUCAUUAUGUCCAGUUUGAAGAUAGCUAAUAUUCAUGUCCAACUUUGCUUAAA